GCUCUCCUUCUUCACAACCUCCUCCUUCUUCAGCUGUGUUUCUUCUUUUUCUCUUGCUUCAUUAUCUUUGUGUGUCAUUGUGUGUGUGAUCACAUCAUUGUAAGGAAAGUAUGUCUUCCGAAGGGGUUUAUACAUUUGCAGUGGAGAUUGAAAUCAAGUGCUCACCAGAGAAAUUCUUCGACGUUUACGCAGACCAUGUAACCAUUUUGCCACAGGUCCUCCCUCACACCUUCAAGAGCACCACUGUAGUUAAAGGAGAUGGCAAGAGCGUGGGUUCUGUAGUGGACUGGGAAUACAGCGUAGUGCCACCUACCUUUGAGACUGCAAGGCAGACGAUUGAAGCCAUAGAUGAUGAAAACAUGAUACUCAUCAAAAGGUUCUAUGGUGGUGAUCUGGGGAGAAAAUUUGAUCUUUUCAGAGCCACACUGAAGGCUUAUAAGAAGGAAAACAAGAACUAUGUGAAGUGGUCUAUUGACACCAAGAAGACUCAUGGGGAAAUUCCUGACCCACAUGACUACAUGGUAUUCAUUGAGAAGUUCACCAAAGAGUUCGACACUAGCCUUGUCAGUGGCAAAAUUUCUGCAUAGACAGAAAUCAGAAGUAUAACCUAGAGGGUAUGUGUGGCACCUAGUAGCAUCUAAUAAAAGAGAGAUUUGGAAGCUUAUCCAAAUACUGUCUUAUCUGUGAAGGUUUUCUGGCGUCUGUUUUUAGAGUAUGGCUUUGUUCAGUCAUAUAUAUAUAUAUAUAUAUAUAGCUAGGGUUGCUGAAAUUUCUCUACUUUCAUGAAGUUGAUCAAGAUAAUCACUGCUUAGUUGAGUUGGUGAAAGGGGCUAGAUGAUAUGUCCCAAUCUUCUGUAUUAUACUAUGAUGUGUGUGUAAUACCAGAAACAAAGCUCCAUGCAUCUAUGAUGAAUUAAAAACUGAGUACUUUAUUUUCUUA